CUGUGUUUAUUAGGGGAAGGAGGGCGGAGGCGGAGGCCAGUUCCCCAGUUCCAGUCGCCGUCGCCUGCACAGUUGCAGCCGCCGCCUCCCACCAGCUCGCCCAAGGCAAAGGGAACGCGCACAAGCUCGGGCGUCCCCGCCCCAGUCUUUUCCCGGAACCAUGAACCCUAACUGUGCCCGGUGCGGCAAGAUCGUGUACCCCACGGAGAAGGUGAACUGUCUGGAUAAGUACUGGCAUAAAGCAUGCUUUCACUGCGAGACCUGCAAGAUGACGCUGAACAUGAAGAACUACAAGGGUUAUGAGAAGAAGCCUUACUGCAAUGCACACUAUCCCAAGCAGUCCUUCACCAUGGUGGCCGACACUCCGGAAAACCUCCGCCUCAAGCAACAGAGCGAGCUGCAGAGUCAGGUGCGCUACAAGGAGGAGUUUGAGAAGAAUAAGGGCAAAGGUUUCAGCGUGGUGGCAGACACGCCCGAGCUUCAGAGAAUCAAGAAGACCCAGGACCAGAUCAGCAAUAUCAAAUACCAUGAGGAGUUUGAGAAGAGCCGCAUGGGGCCCAGUGGAGGUGAAGGUGUGGAACCAGAGCGCCGAGAACCCCAGGACAGCAGCAGCUACCGGAGGCCCGCAGAGCAGCAGCAGCCGCAGCCUCACCACAUCCCGACCAGUGCCCCCGUGUACCAGCAGCCGCAGCAGCCGCAGAUGGCCUCGUCCUAUGGUGGGUACAAGGAGCCAGCAGCCCCUGUCUCCAUACAGCGCAGUGCCCCAGGUGGCGGUGGGAAACGGUACCGUGCAGUGUAUGACUACAGCGCUGCCGACGAGGACGAGGUCUCCUUCCAGGAUGGGGAUACCAUCGUCAAUGUGCAGCAGAUCGAUGACGGCUGGAUGUAUGGAACCGUAGAGCGCACCGGUGACACGGGGAUGCUGCCAGCCAACUACGUGGAGGCCAUCUGAACCCCGUGCCGCCCCGCCCUGUCUUCAAUGCAUUCCAUGGCAUCACAUCUGUCCUGGGGCCUGACCCGUCCACCCUUCAGUGUCUCUGUCUUUUAAGAUCUUCAACUGCUUCUUUAUCCCCGCCCCUCCAGCUUCUUUUACCAUCCCAAGCCUUGUUCUGCCCCUGUCAUGGGCUCCUUCCUCUGGCAGGUUUUCCCUUGGGCCAAUCAACUGAUUGAUUUUUUUUCUCUGGAUGGAACAGGCUGGGGCGCUCUGGGGAGGGCGGGAUUGUUCUGAGCAGGGUAGGCUCAUAGGGCUGGGCUGAACUAGGAGACCCAUUAAGGAGAUCAGUUAGACUGGGUGUAGUUGCAUACACCCUUAAUCCCAGCGAAGGGAGGCAGAGGCAGGCAGAUCUGCGACUUUGAAGCCAGCCUGGUCUACAUCGUGAGUUUCAGGACAGCCAGAGCUAUGUAGUGAGGCCCAGUCUCGGAGGAAGAGGGAGGGUUGGUUAGCUCUCAGCUUCACUUCCUGCCUUAGGCUCCUCAGAACCCCUGGCCCAGCUCCCCUGACUCUCUUCCUCCUAGAGCUGGGGGGAGCUGCGUACUCCUCAUACCUCCAGGUGUGGCUCCACACGUUCCCAGGUCCCAGGGCUGGGUAUUAAGGCAGAGGACCACCAUGCGGUGACCUUUCCCCUAGUCCAUCUUCCUGACUCUCUGCCUCCUCGGGGCAUCCAAAGGAGAGCAGAGUUCCUGCUUCAGGCUGAUUCCCUGCCCCUCUGUGCAAUCCUCCACAUAACAGUGUGCCAUUCUGCCCACAUACACCUAGGGUGGCCAGAGAGCUCCCCAGAAAUCCCAGCUUGGGCCAGAUUCUUGCCUUAGUUCUAGGGGCAGCAGCAGCAGGAAGGAAGGAACAGGGUGUUCUCCCCUCCCCGGGCCUGUUUGCUCCCCUCCUCCCUGGCUGGGAGCCUGCAGUGAAGGGUAGAGCAAAGGGUGCCUUUGGGACCUGAUUGAACUGUUUCUUCCUGCUCCCCUGGGAAAAGGACUCCAUGUCUCCUGUGGCCUUCCUUCCCCAGAACAAGGCUGGACUGGCUUAGAGCUCUGCCAAGCCAGAAAUUGGCCAGAGUCCUCUGGAGCCCAGGAGGCCCUCCCGCCUCGCUGGGGAGGUGGGAGAAGGCAUCUGGCCUAGACAGGUGCGUUCCUGUCUUUGUGUCUGAGGCUACAGAGUCCGGUACCAGAAGGGCCGAGUCACCUACACUGUGGUACCUCUCACCUGAGGCUCUCCUGUCCUUGAAGCGAAGGAGAGAGUCCAGGGCUCCAAAGCUGGCGGCACCAUCUCUGGGCUGGUGCUAAACUCAAGUUCCUUCUUUGCCUCUGGGGCCGGGGACAGUACUCACUCGACGACUUCAUUCAUCUCUGGGUUUUCUUGUCCCUCCUCCUGGGUCCCCCGAUCCUCAUCUUUACCCUGAGUCUGAUAUCAGGUUCCUUUACAUACUCAGACCCUGCUGCAGGUGAGGUGUGAACCUGAAGACCUUGGUCAGGCCAGCAACGUGGUUGUCAUGAGGGCUUGCUAGAGUUUUGCCUGCCUGGUCGAUCCCUUUACUUCCGACCCUCGCCUGGGGGAAGGCAGGGAGUGUUUUGGUGGGCAGCAUGGGGAAGAGCCUUGUGGGGGCAUCUCAGGAGCCACGGGGGAGGUGCCAGUCCAUUCCAUUUCCUCUUAUCUCAAAGCACAAUGUGGUUCUGGGGACCAGAGGGAGCUAGCUCUUGGAGGGCCUGUGUUCAGGAGGUGCUGCGAGCCUCCUGGUUCCUCUCAGCCGAACCUCCCUCCCUCGACGUCAAGUCAGCUGUUCUUCUAGCGCCCUAGAAAUGGGGGGGGGACUUCCACACACCUGCAGAGGGGAGAGGAGCUACCUAAGGUGCUGAGGGCCCCCGAGCCUGCUGGAGUCCAUACUUUUCCAGAAACAUCUACCCCUAGAAGAGCACAGAAUCCACCAAGCCCAUGGCCCCUUCCUUUGUAAAGGUCUUUUCAGCCAAUCCAAACCCAGGAAAGACGGCACAUUGGCUAGACUGUGAACUGAACUUUUGUGGACCAAUCCUGUAAUGCAAGAAGCCCCAUGGUGAGCGACAUGGAUCCUCCCCGGGCUGCUUCCUGUUCUCCCUUCUCACAUUCCUUCGGGGACAUUUUAUUUCCUAAUAGCUGGACACAAGACAGAAAGUGCCACCCCACAGAGCCCAUAUUUAAACAGAAACAGAAGUGACCCUGUGAAGUCCGCCUCUGUCCAACAUUUCAUCUGUGUGUGAGUGUGAGUAUGUGUGUGUGUGUGUGUGUGCGCGCGCGCGUGCGAAGCCACCCACUCAUCUUUUAUAUCGGGUUGUCAUCUUUCUUUGGUCUGUUUGGUCCCCUCCCUCCUGGUCUUGUCCUUGGGAUCAAUUCUUUCUGGCCUGUUAUGAUUUUGAACAUUGACUUGAGCCACAAAGUGAAUCUUUAUCCUGGUGAGUCAAAUAAAAAUGUAAUUUUUA